AUGGCCAAGGGAGAGAACAGUAAGAAGGCCGCCGGCAACGCCAAAAAGGCCGAGGUCGCCGCACAAAAGCAGGCCGUCGAGAACCAGAAGAAGGCAAAGGUCGAGGAGCAGGAAUGGUCAAAGGGCGCAAAGGACAGCUCUAAGGCUGCUGCCGCCGCCGACAAGAAAGCCGAAGCCGAUCGCAAGAAGGCCGAAAAGGCAGCUCUCCUGGCCGAAGAAGACGCAUCCCUGCCAUCUAAGAAAACAGGCAAUGCCAAAUCCGCCCAGAAGAAGUCCCGCGGUCUCGAUCUCUCCGGCCUCGAUGCCCCCUCGUCUCUGUCUUCCCUCUCCGCAACCGGUAUCGACAAUGCCCUCGACGCUCUGUCCUUGACCGCUGGUGGAAACACCGACAAGGUCGACCGUCACCCCGAACGUCGCUUCAAGGCCGCCUACACUCAAUACGAAGAACGCCGCUUGGAAGAGAUGAAGGACGAGAAGGGUCUCCGUCGCCAGCAAAAGAUCGAGCAGAUCCGCAAGGAAUUCGAGAAGCACCCGGACAACCCUUUCAACCAGGCCAACGCUUCCUACAACAGUACAAGAGACGAUCUGCAGCAGAUUCGCGACAGCGAGAAGGAGAAGAUCGAGAAGAGACUUGGUGGUCCCAACUAAGACGAAGGACGAUGAGGCCCGAGAACGAGCGGAAAAGCAGACGUCUUACUGGUUUCCACUUUGAUUGCGGAACGAUUACCUUUUUUUAACGAUACCCUAUGCAUAACUUAGAUACAUGAGAAAGAGAUGCCGGCGCGAGAUAUGCGUCUGGCGAAUGAUCAUGAAAAUGCCUACAUAC